AUGACCUGCACGGGGAAACGAAGACCUGUCAGUCAAACCGGAAACACCGCGGAAACAGCCAAACGCUGUAUACGCAGUCAACAAUGUGAUAAUACUGCCAUGUAACCAUCAGGGAAAAACAAUUCACCAGACUCUCCCCAUGCAGCGAGAAAAUAAGAGAAGCCUCUAUUUCUGCAAGUCAUGCCAGCUACAACUCGGCUCUCCUGCAGGCGAGAGCAACGUGAUGGACGUGCUGCAGCUGCUGCUUAACCUUCAACCAAUUCAAUCAACAUUUUAAUCAAUAUUUCAGGCUGACACUCGAGUUUGCAUAUUUAAUCAGGCUGUAACCACAGUUUACUUGGCUCGUAGAAUAGCUUGCCCAUUCCGUCAUCCUGAGCGUCAGUAGCCUAGCUACGUGCGAGACUCUGGGGACAGGCUCGGUUCAUUCAAGUGAACGUCAUACCACAAUCAUGGCGCAGGCAGAAGAUUGUUUUUGGAAAUGCUGCGAAGAGGAGACGGAGGGACACAGUGCUGUUAUUGUUCAGUUUUCCAACGGAAAUCUGAUAAAUCCAGAUAACGUGGACUUCACCUUGUAUAAGAACAUUGACGGCAAUAACCCCAGGAAGAAGAGCAGACGUAUUCUUGUAGCUGAAACCGACAGACUUUCUUAUGUUGGGAAUAACUUUGGACCCGGGUCCCUGAAAUGCAACAGCCUUUGCAAGUACUACGUAGGCGUCCUGGACAAGAACACCAGGCAGAUGGAAGUGCACAAGGCUCAGAUUUUUAACAUGCAGCCCCUCAUCCCAGGGGAGUCUGCUCCAGAGGGGGAGUCUGCUCCAGAUUCCUCAAAGUCCUACAGGGAUAAGGUGGACUCCCUGAUCGAGGCGUUUGGCACAAACAAACAGAAACGAGCCCUCAGCUCCCGGCGGCUCAACCAGGUGGGCAGUGAGGCUCUGCAGCACGUGGUGAACAAGGCUGCCAGCACCAUCAUCGACCAGAAGGGCCUGGAAGCUCUGGAGCAGGACAUCGCUCAGGCAGAGGCUCAGGCAGAUACGGUUUUGUAUCUCCCGCCCUGUGACCCCGAUGCCACCCAGCCUCAGGACGUGUACCCGUUCGAUGCCCUUAUCUCCCCCGUGGAGUACGAGGCGCUGGAGGCUCCCGCCCGCAAGCUCCUGGAGCUCUCCCCCGAGGGCCUGGAGGAGAUGGCCAAAAACAGCAGCCCGCUGUCCGUGCUCAAGCUGCUGAAGACGCUCUCCGGGGCUGAGGAGUCACAUGACUGGCGGGCUCGCGUCCUCUGGUACCUCUCCCUCCUCCUCAAACUGGCGCACCAGAAGAGCAUCACCCGCAAGUUUGGCCUGGAGGAAGGGUGUCCCCGCAUCAUCCAGAACAAGCUCAUGAGGACCUUCGCAGUGGAGACGUUCAACCAGGGCAGGAUUCAGAACCUGGUGCCCGCGUCCAUGCGUGUGAAGCUGGCGGCGUACAGCCUGGCGCUGCUGCUGCACCUGGGCGAGCAGACGGCCGACCUCACGCUGCUCCACCGGGACCUCCGGAUCACCGAGGCCAAGAUGCUGGAGGUGGCCAAGGCCAUGGGCCUGAGGCUGAGCAGGCGGCCCGUGUCGGAGGACGGAGGGGUGGGGCCGGAGAGCGAGCACAGGCUGGCCACGCUGGAGCUGCCGCUGGUCAAGUACGAGCGCCUGGCUCAGCGCCACAAACGCAAGAAGAUGAAGUAACUGCGGUAACCACAGUAACGGGAGAGCCGGGGGGGGGGUUAGCUGGUGCAUGUGUUGUGAAAGGCAGUACAGCUCUCAGCUGGCCGAAUCAUCAUGUUCACAUUAACUUAAAUCCAGCUAGAGUUAACAAUGCUGACUGAAGCACAAAUAGCUUUGCUGACAUAAAAAGUGUAAAUAUGAUUGUAUGCACAAAGACUUUCAUGAUGACUUUUUUGUAGAAACACAGAAAAGCCAGAACUUGUAUGCACCAUGUUUGUAAAAUUUUAUAUUAAAAAAAGUUGUCCAAACAUUUGUAGGCACAUUUCAAACGGAUAUUGCACAAAUGUCUUGGAAGAGCUUUUACACAGAA